GAGGCGUGCAUGGCUGCCGUCGGGGGCCCACGUGCGGCCGCGGGACCAGCAGCGGGCGGCUCUGCGCAGCCGGCGCCGAGGCCGGCCCGGCAGCCGGAGUGAGCGGGCGGGCGGGCUCGAGCGCGGCGCUGCCUCCGGGCGGCGGGCGGCGCACCUGGCCGGGGCUUCCGCGCGCGCCUCCGUCCCGGGGCAGGGCCGGAUGAUCGCGCCGCGCAGCCACCUCUCGCCGCCGUCGCCGCCCGCCAUGGCUGCCAAGGAGGAUCUGUACGGCAAAGUCACCCCGCGGAGGAACAGGCAGCCCCGCGCGGGCACCCUCAAGCACGGCUCCUCGCUGGACACGCUCCUCUCCAUGGGGUUCCCCAAAGCCAGAGCACAGAAAGCUCUGGCAUCUACAGGUGGCCGAAGUGUUCAAGCCGCAUGUGACUGGCUUUUUUCCCACGUUUGUGACCCUUUCCUUGACGACCCCUUGCCUCGAGAGUACGUCCUCUACUUGCGUCCCACAGGUCCCUUAGCACAGAAGCUUUCAGACUUCUGGCAGCAGUCAAAGCAGCUGUGCGGGAAGAACAAGGCGCACAACAUCUUCCCACACAUCACGCUCUGCCAGUUCUUUAUGUGUGAAGACAGCAAGGUGGAGGCACUCUGCGAAGCUCUCCACGCCACGGUCACGCGGUGGAGGUGCAAGUUCACGGCCCCUUUGCCCCUGGAGCUCUACACGUCAUCCAACUUCAUCGGGCUCUUCGUCAAGGAGGACAGCGCCGAGGUCCUCAAGAAGUUCGCAGCGGACUUUGCUGUGGAGGCUGCUUCUAAAGCUGAUGUGCACGUGGAACCCCAUAAGAAGCAGCUGCAUGUGACGCUGGCCUACCACUUCCAAGCAGGCCACUUGCUCACACUUGAAAAGUUAGCGCAGAGCAUAGACGUCAAGCUGGGUUGCGACUGGGUGGCCGCAAUAUUCUCCCGCGAUAUUAGAUUUGCUAAUCACGAGACCCUGCAGGUUAUCUACCCAUACACCCCACAGAAUGACGACGAACUCGAGCUCUCUCCAGGGGAUUUCAUCUUCAUGUCUCCUGUGGAGCAAAUCACCACCAGCGAAGGUUGGAUUUUUGGUACUUCUCUCGCCACCGGCUGCUCUGGGCUGCUGCCUGAGAAUUACAUCACCAAAGCAGACGAGUGUGGCACCUGGGUGUUCCACGGGUCCUAUUCAAUUCUGAACGCUACUUUCUCCCCGUCCCUUCUCAUGUUCAACGAUGGGGUAAUGGAGCGAAGACUGCAGGAAGAACAAGGACCAGGGGAUACUGGGCCACUGACUAUCUUCUGUCAGAACAUGCAGCCCUUAAGAAUCGCCAACCCACCAGGGCCUCAAAAGAGAUGCCUUUUUGUUUGCCGCCACGGAGAAAGGAUGGACGUUGUGUUUGGGAAAUACUGGCUCUCCCAGUGUUUUGAUGCCAAAGGAAGGUAUGUGCGCACAAACCUGAAUAUGCCUCAUAGCCUACCUCAACGAAGUGGAGGUUUCAGGGAUUACGAAAAGGAUGCCCCCAUCACCGUGUUUGGAUGCACGCAAGCAAGGCUCGUCGGGGAAGCCUUGCUCGAGAGCAACACUGUCAUACACCACAUCUACUGUUCGCCCUCCCUGCGCUGCGUCCAAACUGCACAUUAUAUUUUGAAAGGUUUGCAACAGGAAAAUAACCUGAAGAUUCGAGUAGAGCCAGGCUUAUUUGAGUGGACGAAGUGGGUCUCUGGGAAUUCACUUCCUGCGUGGAUACUUCCGGUGGAUUUAGCUGCAGCCAGUCUGAGUGUUGAUACAACAUAUAGACCUCAUAUACCUGUGAGCAAAUUAGUCAUUUCAGAGUCAUAUGAUACGUACAUCAGCAGAAGCUACCAAGUGACAAAAGAGAUCCUAAGCGAAUGCAAAGCAAAAGGGAAUAACAUUUUGAUAGUGGCUCACGCCUCCUCCCUUGAGGCUUGCACGUGCCAGCUGCAAGGGCUCUCGCCGCAGAAUUCCAAGGACUUUGUACAGAUGGUCAGAAAGAUUCCGUACUUGGGGUUUUGUUGCUGCGAAGAACUUGGGGACACGGGCCUGUGGCAACUCACUGAUCCACCCAUCCUGCCUCUGACUCAUGGACCAACUGGGGGCUUUAACUGGAGAGAAACUCUGCUACAAGAAUAAGCAAAAGGAGAGGAGGAGCAGCUGAAGAGAUGGCCUUUCUAAAGAUUGAAGAAUGUCUCAUUUAUUGAUUUCCCUCCCUAAUUCCUGACCAAAAAAAGUUAUUCAUAACCUUUUAGAUGGAUUUAAAAACAACACUCUAGCAUAUCUUCUACAGAGUAGCAUUCGUGCGUCUAGAAUAAUAGCUAAAAAAAAUUAGACGUAUGCUUGGAUCGUGGAAAAAUAUAUGUGUACACACCCUCUCUCUCUUCAGGCUUCUGUCCCGCAAAAAUGUCUUUGUGAUGUAAGCUACUGAGCUUUUAAAAACAUUUUUUUAAAAAAAACAAAAUCUUGAAUUAAGAUCCAAGGGGGAGAACCAGAUUUCACUGCCUUCUGUAUAAUGUAUAGCAUUAGUGACAAUUAGGACCAUGUUCUCUGUUUUGUUCGUUGUCAUUUUUAAUCAGUCUUUGCAUUUCAUUCAAAGCCGUUUUGGAUAGAAUCCACUCCUGCCAUAUUUGGCUAUAAUGUUUAUAGGCAACACACUUUCAUACCACAAUUACAUUCUUAUUAACAAACUCUCACAGGUGGAAGUGGGAGAGCUCCCUGGGCAUCUGCAGAAGUGGGGAGAAGUCACUCAGAGAUCACUCUAGACAUCUCGCUGACUAGUUCAAAGUGUGUCUGUGUCAGAGGGUAUAUUAAAAAAAUAGUAGAUUUGGGAUUGGGGAGGGACAAGUGCACCCUUGCUCUUCCCCCCCACCCCCAACAUUCAUGCCUUAUCGAAAGGAGUGCAGAGGUCCAUGUCUUGCUUCUUGUCACAGUUCAGACAUGAGAAAUACAUAAGAUACAAAAAACAAGUGAAAGAAGUCUUGGUGGGAACAGAAUUUAGAAGAGAAAGGGCUGGUUGGCACAUGUCUGUCCUUCCCAACUAUUGACAACUCUCAGCCACUUUGUCCGAACUUCUUCUGUGGUUUUUUAAGGGACCAUGAAGGCUCGUUCACACUAGAUGAUGCAGUGAGUAGAGAUGGGCACGAACUGAAAUACAAACCAAAAUUAAGCAUGAACCAGGCCGGUUCGUGGUUUGCAAACCAGCAGUUCGUCAGAUCCCAUUUCUGACAAACCGCGAUGAACUUUAGGCUGGUUUGUUUGGUUCAUUUUUUGGUUUGUCACUGCAGACAGCCUGGUGCCAAUCAAUCAGUUUCCUAGGCAACGGGAUAGACUUCCUACAGACCUUCUGCUGACCCAGAAGUGAUGGUUUUCGAUCUGGAUGUGACGUUUUCACAAACCAAACAAACCGGUUCGCGAACCAGGGGCAGGUUCAUGAAAGUUCAUAGUUUGUGGUUCAUGAAAUUUGACGAACCAUGAACCACAUGGUUCGGUUUUUUUCCGGUUUGUGCCCAUCUCUAGCAGUAUCUAAGCAGCAAGCAUGCGUGUUUAGCGGUGGGCCAUACUUGAUAACCACCUCUGGCCAGGCUUAUCCCUAGGUCAAGUGAAAGGCAAGCAGCUGGCUGUUCUGGUGUGCCCCUUCACAGACUUGGACCAUUGAGUAGCCAACCAUGCCAACCACUGCCAUCAGCCAUCAUUACGAAUCCUUUUCAUGCUUUGUUUUUUUCUUUAAUGAGCAGCCCUUGAGUCAAGGCUGUUAGCGAUGGGCAUUUGAUCCAUCAACCUUUCAAGGGCAUGGCAAUGGUUCCGUUCUCUAAUGAGCCAGCAUCUUUCUCACCCCAGACAUUCAGUUUAUGGCAGUGGCCAGUCUUAGCUGAAAGUGUCUUGUCUUGCCCAGGGCACCUGCAUUUCCCCUGUUCACAUUCUCUCAAUAUGAACACUUUCUUAGCAAAGAAUCUUUUUCUGCGGAAGAACCCUGGAUGCUUUGCUCAGGUUGCUGUUGUUUCUGGCAACAUUUGCAACCAGAAUUUGAUCCUAGCUGGUCGCCCAGGUUCAUCAAAAAAACCCAGGCCAGUGACUCUGGUUUGGUUCAAACCUAAUGUGAAACCAUGCUUUAUUUCAGGCUAGGUUGCAAAACCAGGGUUCGACUUGCAGCUGAUCAUUCAAGUCCUGGUUUGUCACAACCAAUGCUUGUUUCAUCUCCUUCACUUUUCCCCUCCUUUGCAAGGUGCCUGAUAUCCCAGCCUGCAUUGCAGCAAGGGCCACAUAGGGGAACAAGGCACAUUUAGAGCCAGUCUGGGGUAGUAGUUAAGAGCGGCAGGACUCUAAUCUGGAGAGCCAGGUUUGAUUCCCCACUCCUCUGCUGGAAGCCAGCUGGGUGACCUCAGGUCAAUCACAGCUCUCUUAGAGUUCUUUCAGCCCCACCCAUCUCAUAAGGUGAUUGUUGUGAGAAUAAUAACAACAUACUUUGUAAACUGCUCUGAGUGGGCAUUAAGUUGUCCUGAAGGGCGGUAUAUAAAUUGAAUGUUAUUAUUAUUAUUUACACAUCAAGUGAAACUAUAGUUAAAAGUACUACAGCUAACUGUAGUGGACUAGCCCAUGUUUGGGCAAUCAUACCAGCCACAGUGUAAUUGACCCAUGGUUUUGUACAAGGUUUGAACCAAGCUGAAGAGAGCAGAGCAUUGUGUGCAUAUGGUUGUUACCUAAUAAUAUGAAGAAGACUGAAAUCUUAAGCAAACUUUCUUGGCUGUCAGGCCACUGAAAUCAUUGGGGUUUACUGCUAAGUAAAGAGCAUACCAAAUAGUAUGGGAAUCAGAAAUUCAUAUGAACAUAAAUGCUUGUUUACAUGGGGCUAUAGCUGGAACAAAGUGAGUUCAGGCAUGCAAAAAAAAUUACAGAGAACUGAGGUUCAGGCAGUGAAAUGUCUCUAUUUCUGUAUUACAGGUGCAAGAAACUAAUUUAAAUACAUGCUUAAGUGAA